AUGGUUCAUUCCCACGUUAUGGCCAGGCUGGUGCUGUUGCUUUCUAUCUUUCUGCUAUCAGCACUCGCACAAGACUGUAGCCAACCGCCAGACCGAGGCCAAAGAUGCCCCGAAAAUCAGCCUAAACAAAAGUUUGCUUAUGAUACCGCGAAAGGAAAGUGCGUACCUCUAUAUUACCUGGGAUGCCAAGGAAAUGAUAACCAAUUUUUAACGUUUGCCGAAUGCCAAAAGGCAUGUCAAAAUUCGGAUAUGACCACGGCACCUAACACAAAUUCAACCGACAAUAUUGCAAUGACAUGUGGGCUUGCAACUGGUGCAAAACUGUUGUAUAAUGCUGAUAAAUGUGAGUCAUCAAAAUGUGCAACCGGUUAUGAGUGUAAAAAUGAGUAUUGUUGUCCGACAAAAGAGACGAUUUGUAGUUUUGACCCGGAAUCGGGACGCGAGGAGGUGAGCGGCAAGCAUUUUGGGCGCUACGCUUACAUGCCUGGGCUGAAGAACUGCAUCCGGUUCAGCUAUUUUGGAGUCGGAGGGAACUUGAACAAUUUUCUGAGCUACAAGGGAUGUGUCGAUUUUUAUGUUAUUGUAAUGGUUCUCACCCGUUCCUAUUCGUCGGAAUGGCGAAAGUCACCCGAAGAAAUCAUUUCUCAUCACUAUCGGCUAUUGACAAAUAUACGGCCUGUCGUCGAUACAUCAGCGCCGGUCUCUAUGUACAAUAGCCCAAAAAGUGUUCAUUAUAUUCCAAAGCGAGCUUCAUCUGCUGAUGCAUAUGCUAGAGGACGUGUUUUACCACCGGGUUAUGGAAGGAGCCCUGAAGAAAUGUUGACCAAAAAGCCACCGAAGCCCCCUAGGAGGAGAUCUUCAAUUUUCCAUGAACAGAUGGCAGAAAAAGAGUUGCUUUUUAAAGACCUCGUCUACAAUGAUAUUAUCACUCGUGGUGUCUACACUGAUAGGAUUAUUGAAGAUGCCGUUGAUGGGGUAUCGGCACAAUUUGCCGAUGAAAUGGAUAUGGCCGAAAUUCGACAAUUACGUGAGAAUAUAUUCCAUGAGUUUGGAGUUAAGUUGUCCAUCGGAAAGCAUUCAAAUGAGAGGGCGUCUGCUACAAAAACUGGGGUAGCAUUUACAGGACUGGAUACGGAAGGAAUAGAGGCUUCAAGUGCUCGAAGCUUGGCAUCAAGGCUCGAUAAGGAGAAACUGGGAAGCGAUGGGGAUAGUCUACCAUCAUUACAUUCCGAUACAACAUAUUCUUCUGAAGAACGGUCGGAAAAUAAGAGCUCCAGUUCCAACCUCUUCUGCGGCAUCGUCAAGCAAUUC